UUUGCAGGUAUUGUGUGUGGCUCCGUUUUGAAAAUUUGUUUACCGGAUUUAAAGCCGUGACCGAAAGCCUGCUGAGCUAAUUUGUAUAUACAGUGUACAUAGAGAUGAGCACACAAACUCGUUCAGGCGGCGGAGGAGGCGGUGGUCACACCCGCAACCAGAAAAAGUCAAAUGUCAGCAACUCCGGCGGCGGAGGAGCUAGUCACCACGAUGGAGUCUCACACGCAGCUGCCGCCGGCAAGAAGGGCGGCCAAGAUGCCAGCAAGACAGACAAGCCAGAGAAGGCCCAGCCCAAGGCCACCACCGAACAGUUGCGCAUUGCCCAGAUUACCAAUAGCACCACAGAGGAUCCGCAGAUCAACGAGAAGGUCACCCUCCUGUUGACCAUGACCCAACGUUCCGAGGAGGAGGUCUGCUGUGCCCUCAACGAAUGCGAUUAUGAUCUGGAGGCAGCUGCCAACUUUUUGAUCGAGGAGCUACCGCAGGGCGCCUUUGCCAAGUACGAGAAGAAGCGCAAGAACAAGGCUGCAAAUACCACGGCUGAUGGCGCCGCUGGCGAUGGCGAUUGGGCCGAUGGCAAUGCGAACGCGGACAAGCGAGAAAAAUCGCGGAACCGGAGCUCAAAUCGCGGUGGCACCCGAGGCUCCACCGACAGUCGUGGAUGGCGCGGAAGAGAGAACCGCGAGAACGAGCGCAACCAGCGCGAGUCUCGUGAACCUCGCUCUGGCGGCGACCGCGGUGAUGAUCGGGCUAACGACAACUAUCGCGGUCAGCGUAACGGCGGAGGACGCAGUGGACCCGGUGGCGGCGGGCGCGGCGGAGGCUUCGUCUCACGCUCUGGCCGCGGCGGCGGUCGCAUGGGCGGACGCACCGGUGGUCCCCGCGGCGAUCGUGGCAGCGGAGGCCUUGGCGGUGGCUAUGGACCUGGUCGCAGUGGGAACGCCAACGAGGAUCACCACGAGGUCGAGCUGUGGGACAACACUAUUGCCCAGAACGCCGAGAAGCAGCAGCAGGCGCACGACGAUGCCUGGGGCGACUGGAACAACGAGGAGUACGAAGGCUCGCUUAAGGACAGCAAAGUGUUCACCACAAGCAACCUGGCAACGCAAACCGCUGCCAACGUGGUAAGCGGAGCUGGAGCGAGUGUAACGGGUGGCUCUACGGUGACUGGCAGCGAGUUGUCGGCGCCACCGGGUCUCGAACUCCAUGUGGUGCAGCAGGGAUCUCAUCUGGAGGAGAGCUCCAGCAGCGGACCAACGGCAGUCACACCGCCAGCGACGCUGAGCGGUUCGGCGACCACGCCGCUGCUGCAGUACAGCGCAGCGGUUAGCAAUCCACCGCCGCAGCUGCAAUCGCAGGGCACGCAGUCGGGAGCGGGAUCAGGAGCAAGCGUAACUCCCGGCGGAGGAGCGGUCAGCACAUCGUCAUCUUUCGUUUCCGCCUCACCCGACACAUUCUCAAGCGCCGCCUCGGCAGCCGCCACUCUGGUUCACCAGGCCCAACAGCAGCAGCAACUACAGCAGCAGCAGCAGACGACGCCUAUUAAACCGUCGGCCACGCUGUCGGUCGAGCAAUCUCAGUAUUUCAACUCUCUGGCCAGCCAGGGCGUCAGUCCAGGAUCGGCAGCGGUGCAGCCGGCGCCAGCGGGUUACGCGCAGAACCCUGUGACCGCCUACUCGCAGACUAGCACGUAUGCCAACGUGUUCGCCUCGGGAACGGCAGCAGGAACUGGUACCGCCGAGCAGUCGCAGCAACAGCCGCAGGUGCGGCGAGCGCGCGUCAAGCUGCCGCCGCCCUCCAAGAUUCCAGCAAGUGCCGUCGAAAUGCCCGGAGACAAUGCACUGAACAACAUUGGCUACCUGGACGUGCAGUUCGGCGCUCUGGACUUUGGCACGGACGAUGGCUUCGAGCCUCUUCCGGAGAAGGUUGGAGCGGGCUUCAGCAUUGACGGUCAGCAGCAGCAACAGCAGCCAGAUGACUACCAAAGCAAAUCCCAGCAGCAACAGCAGGCGACUCUGGCGGCGGGUCUGCAAAGUUCUCAGAUCAGCGAUGCUCUGAGUGCAGCGGGUUAUGCGAGCCGGUCGACAGCGCAGCAACAGCAGGGCGUGAGUUCGGCGGUGAACGCUACCACUGCGCUCGAUCAGCUGGCCAAGAGCGAUCCUUACGGACAGACGACCGGCAGUGGCAACGCCUACCAGAACGCGUACCAGAGCAGUGGAGCGGGCAAAGCGGCCAGUGGCUAUCCGACAACGGCGCCUGGUGGCUACAGCAGCUCAACGUACGCGAAUGUCCAGAGUUCGGUGGCCAGCAGUUACCAGCAGCAGGGAUACGGCUCCUACCAGCCCACUUACCAGCAACAGGCAGGAUCCGGGGCACAGAAUGCCACAGGUGCGGUAGCAGGUGGCGGAGGAGCGGCGACGCAAAACAUUCCGGUCGGAGGCAGCAGCAGCCAAAAUAGCACAAGCGGCAAUGCGAGCUCUGCCUACCUCACAUCCGGAUACUCGACACCACAAAGUGCUUACCAGUCCAGCCAGAGUGUUUAUGGCAACACUGGACUGUCCAACAACAGCGGGUUCGCUGGCAGUGCGAGCAACGCUUCCUCUCAGUACGCCAAUUUCAGUGCCAGCGCCAAGCUCAAGGAUGCGACCACGGCCAGCAGUGCCGCGCACUACGACAGUGUCUCCACCAGCAGUGGCGUCAGCAGCAGCAGUGGAAGCACAGGCAACGGUGCUGCGGUGAGCGGGCAAGCAGGUGCUAACCAAGCGGCCGUUUCCAACAAUAACAACGUGAGCGGCAGCAGCUCGGUCAGCAAUGUGACGGCGGGCGUUGCGAGCGGUAACGUGGCCGGCGUGGGCGGAGGCGUUAGCCAGAGCGGCGUAAGUAGUGGAGUCGGCGUGGCCGGUGGCAGCGCGGCCAGCGUCGGUGUGAAUGUGAACAACAACAACAGCAGCAGCGCCAGCUCGGUGGGAACGGCCGCCGUUGCCCAGACGGCCACGGGAACCACUGCCGCGGUGCUGGCCUCGCUGACCAACAAGAACAGCAGCAGCAGCAAUAGCAGCGGCAGCGGUGGCAGCGUUGCCACGACAUCGGGUGCUGGUGGUGCUGGUAGUGGUGGUGGCAGCGGCAGCGGCUUGGUGCCCACCAACAUCCAAAUGGUUAGUCAAUAUAUUCAGACUGGAUUGCCAUACUAUCAGCAACCAGUGUAUUCCUACGAGGAAUUGCAAAUGAUGCAACAGAGAGUGCCACAUGUGCAAGGAUAUUACGAUCUGAAUUAUCCGCCAGCCAGUUUGGGAGCUGGACGAGACAACCUCGGUUCCGUAACCUAUUCCGCAAUGAAUGACGGCCGCUUUGCCCGCACUGACAAUAACUCCAGUCCGGUUGGCAAUGUUUCCAGCACAAUGUCGCAACAGGCGGGCUCGAGUGCGCCCAUGCUGAAUGUUCCUUAUGCCUAUUUUUAUGGCGGCAAUGUGAUGCCCGGUAGUUUCCAAUAUGGCACGCCCGCCAUUUAUCCACAACAAAUACCGGCAGCCAACACUGCCUCCGGUCAACAGUUCCCGAAGCCUUCGUACAGCGCGGGCUACGGCUCGACCAGCUACGACACUCUCUCACAGACCACGCAGGAUUACAGCAAGGGCGGCUACUCGUCGAGCGUCAACCAGCAAAGCAAAACGCAGGCGGUCUCGAACCAGUCUCAGGCAGGCACUGGAUCCGAUCUGACCUCGUCUAUGUACGGGAAGGGACAUGUGGCGCUCAAUAAGGUUAAUUCGUACGAGAAGCAGAGUUUCCACUCGGGCACUCCGCCGCCGUUCAACAUGCCCAACACUCAGACGGCUGGCAGCACCUCGGCUCAGCCGUACGGCAUGUUCUUGCCAAUGCCAGCGGCCGGACACCACAACAUGAUCCAUCAGCCUAUCCAUCAGAUGGACGGCAGGAUUCAUAGCUCAUCCCGCCGGGACUCGAACAGUGCCGGACAGCGCCAGCAGUCGACCAGCCAGUCAAAGUCGGCUGGCAAGCAAGGCUAUUCGCCCUCGUACUGGACCGGACAGAACUAGCUUCCGGAGAACACGAUCUGGCGGCCCCUGCAGAUCGCCCGAGCGAGCGACUUCUAUAGCCUUCGCAGCAGUAGCAGCAGCACCACCACAACCACCACGCCGAUUCACCACAUCUACAGCAAAAGCAGCGCCAACAAUCUGCGGGCGCUGCCCAUCACACACGCCACCACCACGAUAGUGACCACAAUAGCAUCCAGCGCCACAACCACCAUAGACGCCACCACCACGCCAUCAGGAGCAAUAGUGACGACGACAUCGGCGACCUCCGGUAUUCCCGGCCAGUUGCUGAUGCUCGUCAAGGAGCAACCGAAGCAGCCGCCACCCCAACAACAAGCACUCGCCGACGGGGCGGGGAGCGAGAAAUCCUCGCCUGCGUCGGAGGAGGAUUAUCUAAUAUACGAAGAUAAGCGAUCAUACUUUACUUAAUAAGAAACGUUUUUACUACGAACGCACUGUAAAGGCGCCGCCCAGCAGCGUCCUGGCCACGCCUCCAUCCUCCUUCCCCAGCCACAAAACAAAACACACACAGCACACUCGCUUGAAAUCACACAGGAUUGAAGGUGUUUCAGGUGGCGGGAGGCGACUCCUCACACCUUUCACACACACUUUCUCACAAUACAAAGAACGAAAGAAACAAAUAAAACAACAUACAGCAACAUCCGCAUAAAUAUACCAAGUACCAUUUUCACAUUGCAUACAAAUAAAUUUACAAAGAUAAAGAGUAACAAUUAUAAUUAUUAAAGGCGUAAAACGAUUUAACAGAUUUAAGAGCGUAAGAGAGAAACCGGAAAGAGCAGAACAGUAAAUUAAAAAUACAAGUAUAUAUAUUAAAAAAACAAAACCACAAAC